CCGCCGCCCCCCCCCUCCCCGCUCCCCCCAGCUCCGCGCCCCGCUCUGAAGCCGCCGGUGCCGGCGGGGCGCUCGGUGCGCGGCUCCGGCGGCGGCGAUGACCCUCUGCGCGCUCUGAGCCCGGCCCCAGGCCGAGGAUGGUCCAUGGGAUGGGGGAUGCCGGCUGCUGGCUCCUGCUCGGGCUCUCGCUGCUCCCCGCCGUGCUGGGCUCGCAGGACGGCGGGAAGGCGGUCCGCAUCCGCAAGGUGCAGCACCGGGCGGCACGCGCGGGGCUGGGGGAGCCCGUGGCCCUGCCCUGCCUCUUCCUGCUGCAGCCCCCCGCCGCCCGGGGGCCCAGCGCCCCCCCCGAGCCGCCCCGCGUCAAAUGGAGCAAGGUGCGCUCGGCCGGCGGCCGGCGGGAGGACGUGCCCGUGCUGGUGGCCAGGGACAACGCGGUGAAGGUGGUGAAGGCCUACGAGGGCCGGGCGUCGCUGCCCGGCUACCCCCGCGACCGCUACAACGCCACGCUGCUGCUGAGCGCCGCGCGGGCCAGCGACGCCGGGCUCUACCGCUGCGAGGUGGUGGCCGGCAUCGACGAUGAGCAGGACCUGCUGCCCCUGGAGGUGACGGGCGUCGUCUUCCACUACCGCCCCGGCGGCGAGCGCUACGCGCUGACCUUCGCCGCCGCCCGCCGCGCCUGCCUGGACAACUCGGCCGUCAUCGCCUCGCCCCGGCACCUGCAGGCCGCCUUCGAGGACGGCUACGACAACUGCGACGCCGGCUGGCUGGCCGACCGCACCGUGCGGUACCCCAUCACGCAGUCCCGGCCCGGCUGCUACGGCGACCGCGACAGCCUCCCCGGCGUGCGCAGCUACGGGCAGCGGGAGCCCGGCGAGCUGUACGACGUCUACUGCUACGCCAGCGAGCUGCAAGGGACGGUGUUCCACGCCGCGGCGCCGGGGCGGCUCACGUGGCAGGGGGCCCGGCGGCACUGCCGCAGCCGCGGCGCGGCGUUGGCCACCGCGGGCCAGCUGCACCUGGCGUGGCGGGCCGGCCUGGACCGCUGCGACCCGGGCUGGCUGGCCGACGGCAGCGUGCGCUACCCCAUCCGCUUGCCGCGGCGCAAGUGCGGCGGCGAGGCGCCCGGCGUGCGCACCCUCUACCAGUUCCCCAACCGCACCGGCUUCCCCCGGCCCGCCGCCAAGUACGACGCCUAUUGCUACAGAGCACACCCGGCCGCGGGGCCGACGGCGGCGGAGGAGCCCGAUGCGAUGGGCAACGUGCUGCUGGAGCGGGCGGAGGAGCCGGGGGCGUCCGGGGAGCCCCCCCCGCAGCCGGGCAGCCCGGCGCCGGGCGAGGACGAGCCGCUGCGGGUGGCCACCAGCGUGGCCCCCCCGGCCUGGCCCCGCGAGGACGAGGCCCUCGACGCGGUGGAGCAGGGGCCGGUGGGCUCCCCGCGCCCCGAGUGGGUGGACAGCGCCGCGGAGGCCACUGGCACCACGGAGGCCACCGGCACCGCAGAGGCCACUGGAGCCGCGGAGGCCACCAGUGCCUUGGAGGCCACCAGCACCGCAGAGGCCACCAGCACCGCAGAGGCCACCGGCGCCCCGGCGAGGAGCAGCUCGGCCGGGCUGAACGGGCGCCACUUCCAGCUGCAGCGCCAGGGCCGGGAGCCCGCGGGGGCCGGGGACGCCCCGGGCACGGGCACGGUCCCCCCGGCCCCCGCGGUGGCCCCGCGGGCGCAGGAGGCCGCUGGCGACACCGCGGAGGAGCAGAGCCUGGCCCACGCCGGGAGCCCCCGCGGCGACGGCCCCCGGCCGCUCUCCAACGCGGUGGAGCAGCACCGCAGGGAGCCGACGGGACCCGGACGCCGGGGCCCCAUGGCGACGGUGACAGCCCCGGUGCCCCCCUCGCCGCAGCCGCCCGCCCGCAGGGAUUCACCGCGCUGGAGCCCCCGGGUGGCCCCCCGGGACCCCGGGGUGCCCGCGCCGUCCCCAUCCCCUCCGCUGUCCCCGUCCCCUCCGCCGUCCCCAUCCCCAUCUGCCUCUGGCGCCCGCGGAGAUGCCCCCCGGCCACCCGCUGCCACCACCGCCGCCGAGGACUUCUCCGGGGACGCCCCGGGCCAGGAGCACGGUGGCUCCGUGCCGUCCCUGGUGCCGCUGCUGGCCGAGGGCCCCGGGACGCCGCCGGCCCCGCAGUCCCGGGACGCCGGCUCACUGGAGAGGCAGCGGAAAGCGGUGCCCGUCCCACCCGUCCCCUCUGCCGGACCGCCCACAGCGGCGGCCGCCCCGGGGGCUCCGUGGGGGCCGAGCCGAGCGGGGGCUGAGGCCGGUUCCCCCCCAGCGUGGGACACAUCCUCGCCUGCGCCCCCCCGCCGGGAGCCGCUCGGGGUGACUGGCAGCACCCCGGUCCCGUGGUCCAGCACCGAGCGCCCCGCGGCCCCCCGGGCAGGGCUGGGCGAUGCCACCGCCGGCUCGGUGCCCGCUGCCCCGUGGGGCGCUGACCGCGGCAGCCCCCAGCCCACGGCCACGCCGGAGCCGGCAGCCACGCGGCCCCCCGCCGCCAGCCCCGGGGAGGGGGCGAGGUGGGACGAGCCCCCCGCGGCCCCGGCCCCCACCGGCAGCCGCCCGGCCGCGGCACCCACCGCCCCCCAGCCCGGGGGGCAGCGCGGGGGGCCGGGCACGGGGCCGCUCCCGGAGCCCGCCACGGCCACGGCGCCGCGGGGCUCCCCGCUGAUGGAGGCCGGCAGCGGCAGCGGAGAGGAGCCCUCGCCGGAGCAGCCGGCAGCCUGGCUGGGCGAGAGCAACGGCAGCCUGCCCGCUCCGGCCGAGCCCUGCGAGACCAACCCCUGCCUGCACGGCGGGACCGGCCGGGCCAACGGCACCGUCUGCGGCUGCAGCUGCGCCCCGGGCUUCACCGGCGAGAACUGCGAGAUCGACAUCGACGACUGCCUCUCGAGCCCCUGCCAGAACGGGGGCACCUGCAUCGACGAGGUCGACGCCUUCGUCUGCCUCUGCCUGCCCAGCUACGGCGGCAGCCGCUGCGAGAGAGACACGGAGGGCUGCGACCGCAACUGGCACAAGUUCCAGGGCCACUGCUACCGCUACUUCGCCCACCGGCGCUCCUGGGAGGACGCCGAGCGCGACUGCCGCCGCCGCGCCGGCCACUUGACCAGCAUCCACUCCCACGAGGAGCACGGCUUCAUCAACAGCUUUGGGCAUGAGAACACCUGGAUCGGGCUCAACGACAGGAUCGUGGAGCAGGACUUCCAGUGGACGGACAACACCGGCUUGCAAUACGAGAACUGGCGGGAGAACCAGCCCGACAACUUCUUUGCGGGCGGCGAGGACUGCGUGGUGCUGGUGUCCCAUGAGAUCGGCAAGUGGAACGACGUGCCCUGCAACUACAACCUGCCCUACAUCUGCAAAAAAGGCACAGUGCUGUGCGGGCCCCCGCCCGCGGUGGCCAACGCCGUCGCCGUGGGCAGGAGGAGGGAGCGGUACAGCGUCGACGCCAGCGUGCGCUACCAGUGCCAGGAGGGCUUCGCCCAGCGGCGCCUGCCCACCAUCAAGUGCCGCAGCGACGGCGAGUGGGACCGGCCCCAAAUCCUCUGCACAAAACCCAGGCGGUCGCACCGGGCCCGGCGCCACCGCCGCCACCGCCACAGCCACCCCCACCACCAGCACCACCACCACCCGCCCCGCAAGGAGCGGCGGAAACGCCGCCGGCACCUCCGCCUGGACUGGAUGCGGGAAGGCCACUACUUCUAGAGCCCGGCCGCCGGCAAGCACAAGGGCCCCCCCGCCGCGGCGGCGCCCCCCCCCGCCCCGUCCCCUCCCCACCCCUCUUUUAUACCCCCCGCUUUAGCUCCUAGGACGCCCGGCCCCGUCGGCCAUAGGAGCGGGGGGCGGCUGCGCCCCUCCCCGGCCCUCCUGCAUGCCCCACGCUCAGCCCGCGGCCGCCCCCAGCCCCAAGGGGCCGCGGCAGGCGGCGGGACCCCCCCCCGGCCUCGGCCCCCCCGUCCCCGCCGUGCCGCGCCGGCCACCGCCGAGGGCAGCUCUGGGUUUUUAACACCCCCCCGGCGCCUCUCGCAGCCCCGCGCGGUGCCCCGGCCCCCCGGUUCCCGCGCUCCCCGGUGCUUCCCGGGGCCUUUCCCGGAGCUGGGCUGCACCGGCCUCCCGGCUCCCGGCCCCGCGGCAGGUGGGCACGAGCCGCCCGGGCGGUUUCGGGGUGGGUUUCCCCCCCUUCCCCUUCGUUGUCGGUCCCCUCGGAGGUGGCGUGUGUGUGUGUGGCGCUUCCCCACCUCUGCUGUUUGCGACGUGACUGCCGUGUCCCCCCCCGGCCCCCUCCGCCCUGCCACCCCGACUCUCCGCGUUUCUGUACUGCUGGACAUUUUAAUAAAUUUUUUUAACAGUU